AUGUUCAGUUUUUUAAAUAGAAAGUAUAAAUUAUAUAAUUCGAUAAACAUUUUGAAAAAUAAGGUCUAUUUUUUUUCAGUUGAGUCAGAAAAUAAAAGAAAUAAUUUUAAAGAAAUAAUAAUAGAAUCAGAAAAAGAAAAAAAUAUAAAAGACAAAAUUUUACAUUUAAGUAAUGAUGCAAUAAAUAAAAUGAAUGAAAUAAAUUUAAAAUAUAAAAAUUCGAAAGCAUUAAAAGUAAAUGUUGAAGCUGGUGGGUGUUCAGGUUUUAAAUAUUCUUUUUCAUUAAUUGAUAAAAAUAAAAUAAAAGAAAAAGAUGUAGUUGUUUAUGAUAAGGAAUGUGUUGUAUUAAUAGAUAAAGAAGCAGUUGGAAUUUUAAGAAAUAGCAAAAUACAUUAUACUAAUAAUCUUAUUUCAAAAAAAUUUAUUAUUGAAAAUAUUCAAAAUAUUUCAUCAAAAUGCUCUUGUGGAAAUUCAUUUGAUAUUAAUUUAUAUUAA